AGCCUGCCGAGCCAGGAAGAGCCGCCUCCUGCCUCCUUCCUCCUUCUCCUCCUCCGUCCGCCAGCCGAGGCCGGGUUCCCGGUCGGUCCGCCUGCCUUUCCCCUCCCUUCCCCGCGGCUGCCCCGGCGCCUUCCUCCCCAGCCGGCCAUGUUCGGCCAGCAGCAUUUGCUCCGCUUGCAACAUCUCCUGCAACAGCAGCAGCAGCAGAGCCCGGCGGCGGCGGCUCCAACCCAAGCGACGCCCAGCCGAACGGUGACACCGUCCCAGCAACAGAUGUUAACUCUGCAGGCACCCAAUCCGGCAUCGCUGCUGAACGCUAAUCCUGUGCUCCAGCGAGCUCUUCUCCUGCACCAAAUGCAAGGUAACCUGAGAGGCUUCAAUGUGGCCGCCGCUCCUGUAUUACAGCAGUUCUUCCCUCAAGCCACCCGCCACUCGCUGCUGGGCCCCCCACCUGUCUCCCUCAAGCCCCCCCACCUGGGUUUCCCAGCCCUCCCGUUUCAUCGCCAGAACCGUCCCUUCCGUAAGGAGUUUCCCAGGGUUGCGGAAAGGAAGCGAGAGGCAGACGGCGCCUCGUCAUCCGUACCAGGACAAGGCGAGGAAGGGGCUGCACCGGUGGGAAAGCAGCCCGGCUCUCCCCCUUCAGAGACCUUCCUGGAGUCUUCUCAAGAUGGCGAACCAGCAGCCAAACUGCCUCGAAGAAGUGAAGUGGAGAUCUGCGAUGCUGACGAUACAAAAAGAGAAGAUAUUCAAACAGGAAGAGAUUCCGAAUCCAUGGCAACAGUGUCUUGUUUCCUAGAUGCUGGGGAAGGGAACGUCACCGUGGAGGCUUCGGAGGAGAACUUUGAAGAGGAGGAGAAGACCUCAGAGGUGCUGAGCAACGCCGGUGCCCUGAAGGUGACCAUCCAGCAGAGCAGCGAGAGCCGGGCCAUCAGCACCACGUCGGCCAUCAAGCCGGGCCCCUCCGGACCUCCCCUGCAAGCCCCUCCCGGGGCCGCCCUGAAAUUCUACUGCUACGUCUGCAGAAGCAACUGUUACAACCAACAGAAUUUCCAGACUCACCUGUCAGGAGUUCAACACCUGCAGCGGCUUCAGGAAGUCCAGGAGAGAAGCACCGUUUGCCUCGUCUCCCAGCUGCCUUUGGGAAAGGAACCGGCGAUGCCAGCAGAGACAGACGGGGAGAGCCAGCAGCGCUGGUGUAAUACCUGCCAGGUGAACUUCAAAGGUGACCUCAUCAAACACCGGAGGACUCAGGAACACAAGCUGGCCAAACGCUUCCUGCGCCCCUUCUGCACCGUCUGCAUCCGUUACUUCAAAACUCCCCGCAAGUUUGUGGAGCACAUGAAAUCCUUGGAGCACAAGCAGAAGGCUAAAGAGGUGAGGCUGGGCGAGAAAGACCUGGGCAGUCCCGAGGACUCCGAAGAACUGAUAACGGUGGACGCCGUGGGAUGCUUUGAAGAGCAGGACGACGACGAUGACGAAGAAGACGAGGAAGCAGGGGAGGGGCCUCAACUAGAUCCAGCGGAGGCUGUGAAUCAACAGGUUGGGCAACGAGAAACGUCUGUGGAAGACCCAGGAGGAAACGCCGAGUAUUGUCCGGACACGGUCUAUGGCCUGGAUUUCCUGGUACCCGUGGCAGGAUUCUUGUGCCGGCUGUGCCACAAAUUCUAUUCGAGCGACUCGGCCAUGCGGCUCACCCACUGCAAGUCCCGGAUGCAUUUUGAGAACCUGCAGCGAUACAGGGCCUCCCGGCUCCAGGCUACGGCCGGACAGACAGAGACCCCCUCUCAGCUGACUGACCCCCAACCUCCCUCCACGACCAAAGCGCACGAUCCAGAAGAGGCCGUUACCGGACAGCAGAGGAUCCCGCCCCCUUGCGAGUCCCCCGAGGUCAUCCAGACGUGUUCGGGGUACUUUGAAACGGAGGAUAUCUGCGGAGUCCUGGUCAUCGACGAGAGAAGCCAGCCGUCCUCGCCGCGGAGCAGCAGUUCCGUGGGGCAAGACGCCGAGGAGUCAGGCGAGGGGGCCAGACUGCACCCCCUGGAAGAACAGUCCGGCUUGGAAAUUCAGCAAAAAGCGGCGGUAGAUUCUGCGUCAACGGAGCCGGGGGUAGCCGAACCGAGCGAAGGACCAGCCAGCCAGGAUGGAGCGCCUUCCACGCCGGCCGAAGAAGAGACGGUCUGCACCCCCCGGCGGUCCAGCCGGCGCAGGGCGAGAUGAGAGCGGAGGCAAAACUAUUUCCCCCCCCCCCACUGUAGUUUCUCCCCACCCCACCCCCGAGAGUUUCUUCCCUCCCGUCGCCUUCCACUUUUAGCAAAAGAGAAACAUUCUAGUUUUCCUAGUUGGUUGUUUUCAA